GGAUGAACUUAAAAUAACAUGAACAAGAAUAUUUCAACUUUUGUGUAAAUAAUACAUUCAUAGUUUGAAUUGACAAAAAAAAAAAAAAAUUAUUCAUCCAAGGCAAGGGUUUCUCCUGAGCUCAUCAACUUCAGCCUCUUGCUUGAAUUCAAAUGGGAGCAACUUCUCUCCCUCACCUCGCAAGUUCCCAGCUACAGGCUGUAAGCAAACGCUACUGCAUUUCUUCCCAUACAUAGAGCGGAGCCCAGAAGCCAACAAUGUGUUUUACUACACCCGCGAACGAAAUUAAGAAGAGAAUAUACUUGUGAGUUGUGAUUUCCCAUAUAAUGAGAUCGCAUGAUUUCUCAUGCAUAUAAAGUAAGCAAUUUGAAUCAUCUCAGGCAGCUCCACGCGCACAUCAUUCUUAACUCCCUCCACCGCCACAACUACUGGGUGGCUUUGCUCAUCCGCCACUGCACGCUCCUCCACGCCCCUUCCCCCUACACCCGUCUCAUUUUCGAAUCUGCCGCCCGCCCCAACGUCUUCGUCUUCACCAACUUGUUCAAAUAUUACUCCCACUUGGGGGCUCACCAUGAUGUGCUCUCCCUGUUCGAUCAAAUGCGCGCCUCCGAUGUGAUGCCCGAUGCGUUUGUGUACCCCAUCUUGAUCAAAUCCGCCGGCUAUGAUUCCGUCGUACUUCACGCCCACGUUCUCAAAUUGGGUCACGUUUCUGAUCCUUAUGUCCGCAAUGCCAUCAUGGGCAUGUACGCCAAAUAUGGCCCUAUCGAGCUUGCCCGGAAGUUGUUUGAUGGAAUGCCUGAAAAAGCACUUGCAGACUGGAAUUCCAUCAUUUCUGGCUACUGGAAAUGGGGUUAUGAAGGUGAAGCUCUUCAGCUGUUCAAUAUGAUGCCCGAGAGGAAUGUCAUCACUUGGACUGCUAUGGUAUCAGGGUACUGUAAUAUAUGCGAUUUGGAAAUUGCAAGGAAAUAUUUCGAUGAAAUGCCUGAGAAAAAUGUGGUCUCAUGGAAUGCAAUGCUCUCGGGUUAUGCUCAGAAAGGGUUUGCAGAAGAGUCUUUGAGCUUGUUCAAGGAGAUGAUAAGUGCUGGGCUUCAACCAGAUGAAACGACGUGGGUCACCGUCAUUUCGUGCUGUUCCUCACGUGGUGAUCUUUGCCUUGCGGAAUCUCUAGUCAAAACACUCGACCAGAGGCAGAUCCAUCUGAAUUGCUUUGUCAAAACAGCACUCGUCGACAUGUAUGCCAAGUGUGGAAACCUUGUGACUGCUCAGAAAAUUUUUGAUGAAAUGGGAAUGCAUAAGAAUUCUGUGACCUGGAAUGCCAUGAUUUCAGCAUAUAUGCGCAUUGGUGAUCAAAUUUCAGCCAGAGAGAUCUUUGAUAGGAUGCCAGAGAGGAAUGUUGUCUCUUGGAACACUAUGAUUGCUGGUUAUGCUCAAAACGGACAAUCAGCUAUGGCAAUUGAACUCUUUAAAGAAAUGCUUACCACCGGUGAUUCAACACCAGAUGAAGUAACAAUGUUAAGUGCUGUCUCAGCUUGUGGACAUCUUGGGGCUUUGGAAUUGGGGAAGUGGGUGGUGAAGCGCCUCUCUGAAAACCAGACUAAAUUGAGCAUCUCAGGAUGCAACUCUUUGAUAUUCAUGUACUCUAAAUGUGGGAGCAUCAAAGAGGCCCAGAAGAUUUUCCAAGAAAUGGCAACAAGGGAUGUGGUUUCAUACAAUACAUUGAUUGCAGGUCUUGCAGCUCAUGGCCAUGGAAGAGAAGCUGUCAAACUACUGUUGAAGAUGAAAAAAGAAGGAAUUGAGCCCGACCGUGUAACUUAUAUUGGCAUCUUGACAGCAUGCAGUCAUGCAGGGUUAUUGGAAGAAGGCCAAAAGGUUUUUGAAUCAAUCAAAGCCCCUGCUAUAGAUCACUAUGCUUGCAUGGUUGAUUUGUUCGGUCGAGUCGGUCAACUGGAUGAAGCAAAGAGAUUAGUCGAUAAAAUGCCAAUGGAACCACAUGCUGGAGUUUAUGGCUCUCUUCUAAAUGCUAGCCGAAUUCACAAAAGAGUCGAAGUGGGGGAACAUGCUGCAGAAAAGCUCUUUGAGCUUGAACCGGAAAAUUCGGGAAAUUAUGUUUUGCUUUCAAACAUAUAUGCUUCAGCAGGGAGGUGGGAAGAUGUUGAGAGAAUUAGAGAGGUAAUGAGAAAAAGGAGAGUGAAGAAGACUAUUGGAUGCAGUUGGGUUGAAUUUGGUGGCAAAAUGCACAAGUUCUUAGUGGGAGAUAGAUCACAUGAACAAUCAGAAGAUAUUUAUAUGCUAUUGACAGAACUAAAGAAGAAGAUGAGGGCUCUUGGAUACACAGCCGAUAAGAGCUGUGCACUGAGAGAUGUUGAAGAGGAAGAGAAGGAGGAGACGGUGGGAACUCAUAGCGAGAAAUUGGCCAUUGGUUUUGCUCUUCUUGUUAGUGAAGCAGGGGCAGUGAUUAGGGUGAUGAAGAACCUAAGGGUUUGUUGGGACUGCCAUGUGGCUAUAAAGAUCAUCUCAAAGCUGGAAGGGAGGGAGAUAAUAUUGAGGGAUAACAACAGGUUUCACUGUUUCAGUGAUGGGAUGUGCUCUUGCAAAGAUUAUUGCGUAAGUUUGCACUUGGUCACGUACAAAAGCACUGGCCAAGUGUAGUGAUAGGGGUGAAGAAAUGACUUAAGAGAGCAACUUCAAGGAUGAAAGGAAUGGUUGAAUGGGGAUUACUUGUUGCCUUUUUGGCCGAGUUAAGAUGGGAUCUACAAGUUCCACUCAGUGAAUUGAACAUGCCAGUGAACAGCCACAAUCCUAUCUUCAUGUGAAUCAGUCAAAAAUGGAGAAGCCCAAAGAUAAGCACUUGCCUACUGUGACUUUGUGGUUAUUGAAAAACUUGACCUACAAUAAAUAUUAUGAAGAACUGCUAAUUUAUUGUAACCCUUUGUUUGGCAUUAUUCUGUACUUGAGUUCAAAGAAUCCUAGUAGAAUUAUUAUGUUGUAAAACAGUAAAAGCUUUUUGUAAAUUUUACAUUCACAUACAGGAUUAACAAUUUAUUCAA